AUGAUCAUCCAAGACCUUUGGCAUGCGAAACUAGACUGGGACGAAUACGUACCAGCUUCCCUAGCUCAACGAUGGCGGGACUCCUCCACUCAACUGCAGGACAUCUCUGGCUUGACCAUUCCCCGCUGGAUCAGCAGCCACACCGCAGCCAUGCUACAGCUACACGCGUUCGCAGAUGCCAGUCGCCGAGCAAUAGUAGCCGUUGUGUACUCACGAGUCGAAGACCCAGUCCACGGGAUUUGCGCACGCAUUCUGUUAUCCAGAGCAAAACUAGCUUCGAUCAAGAGCUUGCAGCCAAGUAACUCACGACCCACGCGGAUGACGAUACUUCGGUUGGAACUACGCGCUGCACUAUUGGCUACCAGACUCCUUGCCACUGCCGCCAAGGAGUACAGUAUCAGCGAAGAGCACUGUCAUGCUUGGAGCGACUCACAGAUAGUGCUUUAUUGGAUCCGCUCGUCCGAGCCCACCAACAACUCGCUGGUGGACAAUUAUGUGGCGCACAUUCAGGAGUUGUUACCCUCGCAUAUCUGGAGGCACGUUCCCACGGACUCCAAUUCCGCGGAUGUGGCGUCUAGAGGAAUUGAUUUUCCCUCGCUCCAACGCAAGCGUCUGUGGUGGGAGAGCCCCGCAUGGUUGAUGUCGCCACCAGCGUCGUGGCCGAUCGGAACCCCAAAUACCACUGACUUAGGUCACCAUCCCAUUGAUGCAUCUGAUCACCUGUGCGGGGCCACUCAGCUCAACGAGACACACAUCUUGGAUCGAUUUUUGGACCUUGAUCACUUGCUGCGCUUUUUUGUGCGAUUGCGUCGAUGGGUUCGAUUCAAGCUUCAGCGUGAUGCCACCUUACCGGUCCUUGCAGGAAUGACGGCCACCGAAUUACGUGACGCCUAUUUCGCCUGCGUUCGUCUCAGUCAGCGAGAGUUUUUCUCCAUGGAAAUCGAGAGUCUCCAAACAGGAGACCGCGUAGCAGCCAAGAGACCACUGCUAACCCUUGAUCCGAUCAUCGCUGACGAUGUGCUCCGGGUGGGCGGCCAACUUCAGCACUCUACGCUUUGCUUCGACGAACGACAUCCACCAAUUCUGGAGGGCCGAUGCCCUUUAGCGAAGCUGGUAAUACGCUGGGCCCAUGUUCAAGCAUUGCACGGAGGAGCCUGGUUAACUAGCGCAUUUGUCGCCCGUAAAGCCUGGAUCAUCGGUGGGCGGCGCCAAAUCAAGAGCUUCUUCAAUAGGUGCCUCAUCUGCACUCGCUUGCAGGCGCGGCCAGCCACUCAACAUAUGGCACCAUUGCCAGCUGCUCAAAUUACUCCCACUCGUGCAUUUCAAUGCACUGGUGUGGACUACGCCGGACCUUUCAACAUAUUGUCGGCCAAGGGACGAGGCUUCUGCGCUAGUAAGGGCUACGUAGCCGUGUUCGUCUGCAUGGCCUGGAAGGCAAUUCAUCUGGAGCUCAUGGGAGAUCUAUCAACUGACUUAUUUCUUGGAGCGCUAACCAGAUUUUGUGCUCGUCGAGGCCGGCCAACCGAGAUCUGGAGUGACAACGCCACCUGCUUCCGGGCUGCCGAUCGCAAGCUUCGUGACGCCAUCCAAGACGCUGAAUUGUGCUCAGAUCGUAUCGCUGGGUCAUUGGCCAAUCAAGGGAUAUGUUGGAGAUUCAUCCCCCCUAGAGCCCCACACUUCGAAGGACUUUGGGAGGCUGGCGUCAAGUCUAUGAAAAGCCAUCUCCGUCGCUCCAUUGGACCCCGUAAUCUCAUCUACGAGGAGUCUUCCACUGUCCUAAACAGCAUCGAAGCCGUGCUUAACAGCCGUCCACUCACGCCGUUGACAGAAGGCCCGGACGAUUCUGACUUUCUCACCCCUGGACAUUUUUUAGUCAACGGAUCUCUAGACUCUGUCAUCGACUCCAGCUCUUCGACUCAGAAUCUCGAUCGUCUCACGCAUUGGGAUCUUGUACGCGGCAUCAGAGCCCAAUUUUAG